AUGGCGUUGAAGCGGGAGACGCAGAGCACAGGAGAGAUCAGUGAGAGUUUGAAAAAGACCAAAGAGAGGCUUUUGUAUUCUUUGCUGCCGAUGGAGAUCAUGAUUGCUGGAAUGCUUUCGAUAAUACGAACAACGGUCGGGUUGAAGAUCCGGGGGAGUAUAAUCUCUGCCGCGUACUGCUACUAUUAUUUCGGAGAAGUGCCGUGCUUGGGAUUGCUGGAGCGGUUGGGAUGUGUUGAACGAGCCGCUGAGGAGGAGGAGGAGGAGGAGGAGGAAGUCGAGUGA